AUGACGCACAAUAAAGGAGCCAAAAUCAAGGUUCCCGCGCCGGACAGAUGGCAGUACCCUGGAAUGGUCAGCCAAGAAGAUGACCCUUAUAUAACCUGGGAGCUACGACAUCCGGGCACUGAGAACUACGUCGGCGUCACUCCGCCCGAAUUCAUCAACGAAUUAUCGCAGACCCUUUGGGAGCAUAGCACCCCGGAGGACAGCAGAGUAGAUGGGAAUACUCGGAUCACGCAAAUCCCGGCGGCCAAGUCGAGCAGAGCAGACGGGUAUCCCUUCAACUACAUGAUUCCGACAGCGUGGAACAAGGGGACUGCGUGGUUCGUUCGCGGAGUCAGCAACGAUGACAAGGCACCCAUCUACCUGAUGACAGCGGCACACAACUUGGUCAAGCAAGUUUCUCGGAAGAUAGACGCCUGGGGACGCCCGCUGGAUAGGAGUGCCAUCAGCCAGGGCCUGACUUGGCCACCGGAAAAGCCGUGGCCUGACCGGGGCCUAAGUUUUCCACCCAUCAACAAGAAGUUUGCCCUGAAGACGUGGCCCUACAAAGGAAUGCUCAAGGGCCGGGCCCGCGCCGAUGCCGUUCUCAUUGUCUCUGAGAGACGAGAGACCUUCCUUAAGGAUCCUCACGGACACCGUCUCGAUAUCGCCGCUCUCCGACUGCACAAGGCCUUCCCUGGCGACUUUCCAUCCGACGUGCUCAGCGCUGCACCCUACAUUCACUCCCUGCCGCUUGGAUUCAAGACGCAUUCUAACGCGUUCUUCAUGGGAGUCGGUAUUCUGGGAUCCCUCGACAAGUUCAUUGAGAAGGGCGGGGUGUAUAUACUUCGGGAUCCAGCUCACAGAAACCAACAUGCGGCAGAAACCAACGCCAUGACCGUCUUUGACUUUCGCUCAUGGGGCACCAUCGAGUUACCCGAGUGGCCGGGUUAUCGUCCGUCUCUACCUGGCCUGGGUUAUGUCCAGCCAUAUACGUCCGAGGGCGUGGAGAUAUUCAACGGGACGCUCGUUCACCGACUUCCCAACAAGAGAAUGCGCCCCGGGGUUUCCAACGGACCGGGCAUCUGGGGCCUUGUGCUGAAGAAUGGCGAGGGUGAGGUGGUUGACAAGCUUGAGAUGGCCGUUUGCUGUAUGGUCAUCGAGGACGAGGAUCCCGUUGAGCAGGGCUCUUAUAAGAGCGGAGGCGCCAUAUUUUCAUCCACAGCCAUGGCGCCAGGCCCCAACAUCAAGGCAGCGGACCCGGCCGUGCUUCUGAGACAGCUGGGGGCGGAGGAUUUGAAAUGGCAGUCUGUCACGUUUGGCGACCACCAGUUAUGCAAUUAUCCCGGGAGCUCGCUGAAUAGGUAG